GGUACUGCAGCUACAUACUAGUCAUUAAUGUUCCCACUAUUACUGCAACUGCUCCUUAUUCAGUACUACUGAUGUAGCAACAUGCUGCUGGCUAUCAUCUUCUACGAGGAGAGGAACUUCCAGGGCCGCUCGUAUGAGUGCAGCAGCGACUGCUCUGAAAUUGCCUCUCACCUGAGCCAGUGCAGCUCCUGCAGGGUGGAGAGCGGGAAGUUCAUGGUCUAUGACCAGCCCAACUACAUGGGCCAGCAGUACCUCCUGACCAGGGGAGAGUACCCCGAGUAUCAGAAUACCAUCGGCUUCAAUGACUGCAUCCAGUCCUGUCGCGUUGUUCCUGUGCACAAGGGACCCUUUAAGAUGAGAAUCUACGAGAAAGCAAACUUUGAAGGGCAGAUGCAUGAACUGACUGAUGACUGUGACUCCAUCCAGGAUCAUUAUCAAAUGUCCGACAUGCAGUCCUGCACCGUGAUUGAAGGAUACUGGCUGAUGUUUGAGCAGCCAAACUACGAGGGGAAGAUGUUUUAUCUUAAACCAGGAAAGUACAGGAACCUCAGUGAGAUGAGCAGUGAUGAUAUGAAGUUCAAUUCAAUCAGACGCAUCACAGAUUCUUAACUGUCUAAAUAGCUAAUACGUUUUCCAGAUGCUUUGUUUUGAUAUUAGCAAGUUGUCGAAGAGGGAGAGGCAAAAAAGAGGAGCGUUGUUUUUAUCCUGACACUGUGAUAUGUGCAUUGUUUGCAUGUGGUUCCAGUUGUACUGUGCAAUCCAGCCACAAUGAAUUUACCUCUUUUACUGUGUGAUGCGCACAAUAAAAUGAUUUGCUGCA